AUGUUUAUUCUCUCGGACGUGUAUCGCCUGUUGGUGGGUAUUGGAGACCGUGUUCUGUCACCGUCAAUGAAACAGCUUGUCAAAUGGGAACAUCCAGCCGGUCCAAAGUAUGUUCACUUUUGGUCUCCUGUCAUGAAGAGUUCGUUAGUCGUCGCUGGUCUCGGUGAUCUGAUGCGUCCGGCUGAUAAACUUUCGUUAAAUCAAUCGAUUUCACUUGCUGCAACUGGAUUGAUCUGGUCACGAUAUUGUAUGGUAAUCAUACCAAAGAAUUACUUUCUUGGUCUGGUUAACUUUUGCCUCGGAUUAACUGGUCUUCAACAAAUCGCACGCAUUGCACACCACCGCUACACACAUCCUGAUCAAAUGUCUAUGAUACUGAGAAAAAAUCUAUUCAAAUUAAUCACGAGUAUUCAGAUAGAAUCCAUACGUCAUCAUCGUGUGAUUCCUAUGCCUGAUCCUAUGCCAUAUACAACAGCGAUCUGGAGGAAACGUUUUCCAUUCAGAAAUAAAACACAAUUCGAAGUCACACAUGAUGAAGUUUAUACGAAAGAUAUGCAAUUGAAAACUUUAGACGAACGACGGCAAGAGUUUGAUCCUCAACCAAUAAGAGUUGAUAAAGUGAACAUCGGAUUCUUGUAUCCCAUCAAUCCUGUUAGUAAUUCGGAAAAUCGUGAACGACUUCAACAUUAUGCUAAACAACGAGACCGAGCUGACCUUAAACGAUUGCAUUAUGAUGGCGCCUUGCGUGUUCCAUUGGAUGAAGUUCGAGAAGAUUGGUUGUCAAGUAGUUUAUUUUCGAAUAGUCUCUAUACGAUCGCGAAUCAUUACGGUCUGUUCGAUGAUCUGUUCAAACAUGGUUAUUUCUAUCCACGAAUACCAUUGAAUAUCAAUUAUCCAUAUGAGAAUGAGCAAGUUACACCGGUUUAUAGUGGUAAUCGAUUGUACGCAAAAGAUGCACGAGAAAAACCUCACGUGGAAUGGAAAUCUAGCGGAAAAAGCGAUGAAUUUUAUACAUUAGUUUUUACGAAUCCGGAUGGACAUUUGAAAGAGGAUGGUGCUGAAGUGCUUCAUUGGUUUGUAGGAAAUAUUCCCGGAAAUCAAAUCGAUCAGGGUGAAACUCUAUGUUCAUAUUUACCACCAUUUCCACCGAAUGGUAGUGGAUGGCACCGAUGCGUAUUUUUACUAUACAAACAUCGACGAGGACGAAUAAACUUUUCCGAAAUCUAUGGCUCAUUUCCAGGAAAUAGUGUUAGCCUCGAAAAACGUACUUUUCAUACAUAUGAUUUCUUCGAUAAAUUCUGUUCACAACUACGACCAAUCAGUUUAGCUUUCUUUCAAGUUGCCUGGGAUGCCAGUGUCAAAGAUAUCUUUCAUAAAACAUUAGGAAUGAAAGAACCUCGAUAUGAAUUCGACUUUGAACCACGAUAUGUCCCUCCACAACAAUUCAGUGUUGAAAUGGCUCCAUUUCACACUUAUCUCGAGCAAUAUCGCGAUCGAAAAGAUGUCAACGAAGAAGUUAUUAAGCACUAUCUAUCAAUGACAUGUCCAUUCAAUGGUUAUCCGAAUAUACCGAAGUAUCCAUUAGCUAUACCAAAUGAAAAAUGGGUCCCUGAUUGGUAUAAAUACGAAUUAGCGAAAUAUCACAAACGACAAGGAAAAUGGAAGAUGAUGCCGUUUUAG